UAGGGAGGCUUAAAUCAGUGCAGGAUUAGGCCUUUGGGGGGAAAGUGUCUUGGAACUGAAGGCUCCGACUGUCAGAAGCUGAAACUGGCAGCAAGAAGAGAGGCCAGACCACAACUGCUGCUUGUAUCAGAAGCAGGUGACUGAAGUGCGCGCACACAAAAAAGAUUGCCUUGCCCCGAGCUACUAUCCUCCAGCAACAGCAAGUGAUGCCUCUUGUAGAUAUGAAACUCAUGCCAGAUGGGCAACUGCUAAGCACUGUAUCCACGAAGGAGGACAGAAAACCCACAGCCAGGCAAGACAGCGAUGGCGUCUCCAGCUCUAAGCCAAGGAAGGAAAUCCAAGGGACAAUCUGGCUACUGCUGGUGGAGCUGUGCGAAAAGUUCACUUUCUUUGGCAUCGUCUGCAACAUGAUCCUUUUCUGCACUAUCAAGCUUGGCUAUCCCAACCACCAGGCAGCCACGAUCAAUCUCUGCUUUGUAGGCGCCUGCAUGGUGGCUCCGCUUCUGAUGGGCUGGCUUGCCCAGUGCCUGGUGGGACGGAGCACGCUGGCCUAUAUCUGUGCGUUUCUGCAUUUCGUAGGUACAGCCCUGCUACCUGUCGUCGCCUUCCCCUUUGAAGAUUUUUUCAUAGAUAAGCACUACGUCCUCCACACCUUGGCUAGAAGAGAGCAGCAGGUCCUCUUUUACGUGGGGCUGUCGGCCACCUGCCUUGGCUCAGGAGGAAUAAGAGCCAUCGUGUGCCCCUUGAGCGUUUACGACCUUGAUGCAUAUAGAGAAAAGGAGCUUCUGUCGUUUUUCAACUGGUUUUAUUGGCUGGAAAAUUUAAGUUCUGCCAUUGUCUUGGUCAUCAUUUCAUACAUCCAGCAGUCGGUGGCCAAAAACCUUGGCUUCCUUAUCCCCUUUGUGUCUGUCCUGAUGGCGCUGAUCACCAUCCAUAUGGCGCGCAGUGAAAUGAUUUACCAGCCCCCAAAAGGUAAUGGCCUGUUGACCGUCUGUGGCAUCGUUGCUAAUGCACUGAGAGUAUGCUGUGUAAAAUGCCGCUACUUCAGUGGGGAUGUCACAAACUGGCUAGACCAUGCCAAGGAGAACUACGGUGGCCAGUACAGCGAAACUCAAGUGGAAAGCACAAAAUUGCUUGUCCGUCUCUUCCCUUUCAUUGCCUUCCAAAUCCUCUAUAGGAUAUGUGUUGUACAGAUACCGUCAGGAUAUUAUCUGCAGGCAAUGAAUUCAAAUUUGAAUCUGAAUGGGUUUCUCUUGCCAGUAGCAGCCAUGAAUGUGAUAAGCAUCCUGCCAUUCUUAAUUCUGGCUCCUGUGCUGGAGUGUCUCAACACUUGUCUCUUUAGUCCUGAAACAAGUGGACGAUUCUCUGCAGUCUGUAUUGUUGUAGGUUACGCAUCUGCCACCCUCUCUGUGAUGGUUGCUGGGUUUUUAGAGGUACACAGGAAGCAUUUCCCUUUGGUGGAACAGACUCUUUCAGGCAAAGUCCUCCUCGUCUCCUCCAUGCCGUGCAUCCAUCUGGCCCCACAAUACAUCUUCCUUGGCUUGGCAGAAGCUCUGGCGACUCCCACCUGUUCCUUCAUUACAUACAAGUUUGUGCCGGGCAGAAUUCGUGGAGUUGCCUUGCAAGCCUUGACUUUCUUCAAUGGAGCUGGCUGCAUCAUGGAGGCUUUACUUGUUCAAGGAGCUUACACCGCCUCACAAGGUGACUGGUUUCCAAAUAUUCUAAAUGAGGGUAGACUGGAACGGUUUUACUUCUUUUUGGCCUCACUAAUGAUGAUUAACACUUUAGGCUUCUGGACCAUCUCACACAGGUACACUAAUCUACAGCAGGACUACGACAAAGGAUACAGAGGGAGUCUUCUUCAAGAGCAACUUUUACAGCAUGAGAAAUCGCUUAUAUUUUAUGACAGCAUCCUGGAUUGCCCCUCUCCUUUGUCUCCCAUGGAGACUCUCCUGUGAAAUCCUGCUCUGAAAAUGACUGGUUGGUCACACGGCGCAGUCAGUCACCAGAGUAUUGUCUGUCAGAUUUUAAUGAUACAUUCCUGUCUGUGUUUAUGAACUGACUUAACAAUAAAUGGAUUGUUGUUUCUCCU